AGGAAGAUGCAAUCCAGUCAUAAUGAAUCAGACCUCUGGCUGAGAGGGGCGCGCCACAGCGGGACCUCCAUGGCCGGCUCGACGGACCUGCGCUGCUGUCCACGCUGCUCGGGCAGGAGAGAGAGCGGGGCCCACGGUUUCGGCGUGCGCUCCUACCUGCACCUCUUCUACGAGGACUGCGCCUUCGCGACCCCCCGGGACGUGGAGGAGGACCCGCGGAAUAAAGGGGACCCCGUCUCCCCCUGGUCCUGGUACCCCCUUCUCUGGAAGGCCAGCCUCACGGCGGGACUCCUCCUGGUGGUGACGGGGGGCGUGGCGCUGAGCGCGGGGCUCCUGCUGCCCCCCCGGAUCGAGGGUUUCGGGGAGGGGGAGCUGCUGAUGGUGGACGUGCGCGCGGCGAGCCACAACGGGAUGCUGCGGGCGUGCCGCCUGGCGGGGGCGCUGCUGCUGGCCGCGGGCGGCGCCGCCCUGCUGGCGUGCGCGCUGGCCUCGCCCGUCUGCCGGACCGGCGAGCGGAGCUGGCGGGACGAGGCCGAGCGCUCGCCGGGGGCCUGGACGCCCGCCGCCGUGUCGCCCAUCCGGCUGCCGCUGCCCGUCAGCCUGGCGCACGCGGUCGGCGUGCAGCCCAGACCGGCGCUCUGA